AUGCAGGAGGAAAGAUCGCUUAGCGUCACAGAACGCCUAAACGCGGUGUUAGGAUUAUCGCGUAUCACUCAAGUUAACGAGCAGAUGCAUAGUUCCAACAUACAUCUACAAUGGAAAAUCAAAUACGCCGUUUUCUUCACAGAAAAUUUUCGAAGACAAGAUGAGCCAGGUGUGCAAUGUGCACGAACGAGAACCGAUGAACAAGACGCAUUAGCGAAUUUAUUCCUCGGAAAGUCAAGCGCAAAACCGAAAGACCCACCAUCGCGAUGGUCAGAGUUUUUCGGAAAAGCCUUGGAAGAAGGGUAUGAGCUUAACGAGCACGCAUAA